AUGCGUGCAUAUAUCACUUGCAUAAGGAUAUGUGCCACUGUUAUUACAUCUCGUCUGCUGGUUGUGGCGGAUUCUUGCCCUGACUGGCAAAAAAACCUCGAGGAAAGCUCUCUCCAUGUCCUCGGUGUUAUAUUGACUCUGUGUCACGAGCAAGUGAACUGUCUGUUUCCCACCCCCGUAAUUCAACAAUUCGAUCGCCUUGUUUUGCAGUUUCCUUGGAGGGAGAUGGCUGGGAACGUAACUGCAUUGUUUGAACUCAAGACCCUUGAUGGACCAAGCACAAACCCCCAUAUUCACCUCGCAGGCCUAGCCCGAUAAAGUGCAAACGUUGCCCUCUGUCUCAUGAGACUGUGUCCGAUACGUUGCCUGGACUCGAAAUAUCUCAAGCUUUGAGGGCUUACUAGGAAUAUGUGCUGUGUGUAUCGAAUCCUAUGAUGCAACCUCCAUUGCUUCGGAAAAUACAGAUGCACUAGUAGAGUGAUGGCAGCGAAUAUUGUCGGGCCGAUGCACUUCUCAGAGACCUCUUGUCCGGUGGGCUGGAGAC